AGGAAGAGGCGGAGCUCCGAGUACUUCCGAGUAAAGCCGAGCGCUAAGGAUCAGCUGACUGCGGCGCUCUGUCCUUCAAUGGAUUGUUUCUGAUCUGUUCAGAUAAUCAAACGGAAAAAUAAGAUUUGAUUAAUUGAUUGAUUAGUUGGUGAACGCCGAGAUGCCGUCGCUUCUGUUCUGCGGGCCGAAGAUGGCCGCCUGCGGGAUGGUGAUCAGCAUUUGGGGGGUCAUCAUGCUGGCCAUGUUGGGGAUUUUCUUCAGCGCCAACUCGGCGGUUCUGAUCGAGGACGUCCCGUUCACCGAAGAAGACAUCCGGGAGGAUAAGCAGCCGCCUCAGAGGAUCUACGCUCUGUACCGCCAGGUGGGCAUCAACUGCUUCAUCGCCGCCGCCAUCUACUUGGCGGUGGGCGCCAUCUCGCUCUGCCAGGUGCGGCUCAACAAGCGCCAGGAGUACAUGGUGACAUAAAGGACCCACGGCCGGGCUUGACCCCUGACCCCUGGUGAUGGUUCACCACCCGACCUGCAGUCCGAUUUGGUCCUGGAUCAAGCGAGGGGGCGGAGUCUGGAUAAUUUAUUCUGAAUCGUGUUUACUGUUGAUGUUUGUUGUUGUUGGAUGAAAUGUUGCGUCGUUCCUCCAAACCAUUCCCAGACAUCUGUCCCACUGACCAACCAGGAGAAGGCCUGCUCCUCUUCCUCCUCCUCCUCUUCCUCAUCUGUGUAGCUGGUGGUGAUGAAAAUGUGUUCAACCCGUUCUGCUGGAUGCUCCUUUACAAUAAAGUGUGAAUGUGAUUAAA